UCUAUUGGCGCGGAAGGAGCUUCAAAUUGAGAGAGCGCGAAAACCCUAGCAGAGAGAGAAUAUGGUUCUCGAUCAUCUUCACCAACAUCAUCAAGCGGCCGAUGGAUUGACGAACUUGUUCACGAAGGCCAAUCACGAUCUCUCGGUAGUUCAGUACAGGCUCGAGAAGGAGUUUCAGCAAAUCUAUCCGGAAAGCGCGAAUCCAAUGAAGUUAGUUUCUAGGAUAAAGAAGAUACGGGAUGAUAUAUCAACAUUGAAAGAGCAGUGUCGUGAAGUUUUGAUGGCCAAACAGGAUGUAAUUGAUAAGGCUCGGACAGUUCUGGUUGGGAACAGAAACAUGCUGCAAAAAUUGCAAGCAUCCAUGGGCGUACCCUUUGUCAGCGAUCUCGAUGAUCCUGCAUUUGCUGAAUUCAAGCAGAUCACUGAAGAGUGGACAAGACAAGUUCAAUCAAAAUUUGGGGAAGAUGGGCAAGAGGACGCCGACUAUAACGACGUCAACAAGUUGCUAUUCUCGGCCGUAGUGCAGGCUUGAUGGGUAGAGUUCCGAGAGCAAAAUUAAGUUCCAAGUGUGCAGGCUACAUCAAUUUGGUAUCAAAGCAGCCGUCUGGGCUAAUGCUAACUGCCACUGGUAGAAGAUCGAGAAACUCUUGGCGAUGUCGAUCGCAAGAGGGAGCUUCGUGAGCUGUGCUCAUUGUUGAAUAGUCCAUAUCUAUAUAGGGGAAACCCUUUAAAUUUUAGAAAAAAAGAAGAUACUGAGAUUUUUUUUUCAAGAUUUUGCUAGAAUGGACUAUUAUCGAUCAAAGAUGGCAAAGAAAAAAUAUAGCAGUUGGUAUAGGCAAGAAAGUCAAAAUUUCUCCCAAAAGCAGUGUUGGAAUUUUGAUUCUAGUUUAGAAGAAGAAUUUCAACAUAAUAAUUUUGUCCGUGCUCGGUUUUCUCAAAGAACCUAUCAUUAUCCACAUUUGAAAUUUGAUUAUAGUGAUUCUAGUGAUUCUGAUGAAAA